AUGAGGGAUAUGAUUAUCGAGCAGAAUGACACCAUAGCUGCAAUUAGGAGGGAGAAUGAUGUUGUACCCCCAAAUAAUGGUAAGAAAGUUAAACUUGUUGUUGUUGAGUUAUCUGAUUAUGCUGCUUCUUGGUGGAAAAAGCUUGCUAGGGACAGAUUGCAAGAGGAACUACCACCUAUUGCUACGUGGGCAGAGAUGAAGAGGGUAAUGAGAAAGCGAUUUAUUCCAUCAUACUUCCAAAGAGAUCUACAAUCUCGCCUUCAACACUUGAAGCAAGGCUCCAUGUCGGUGGAUGAGUACUUCAAAAGCAUGGAUAUUAGGAUCCAAGCUAACUGCAUGGAGGAAGAAGAUGUUACAAUAGCUAGAUUUUUAAAUGGUUUAAAUACAGAAAUAGCUAAUCAAAAUAACUCAUGGAGAAGUCGACCAAAUACUAUCUCUAAGAAGCCAUGGUCAACUCAAGAUGGGAAAGCCCCCUCCAAACCUCAAGAUGAUAGAGGUAAAGGUAAAGUUGAGGAGGGAGGUAAAACCUUUAAUCCUAAAUCUUCUACACCUUCAAGUUCUAUUCAAUGUCACAAAUGUCAUGGAAGGGGACAUAUGAUGCAUGAGUGUCCAAGUAGAAGAAACAUCCUACUUAGAGAGAAUGGAGAAUAUGAGAGUGAAAAAAGUGAGGGGGAAGAAGAAGAGGGAGAAGGUGUAAGUGAGGAAGAUGAUUUGGAACUGCCUAAUGAUGGUAUAAUUGGGGUGGUUAGGAGAAUUAUGACUAUCAAUUUGGGUAGUGUUGAUGAAGGGCAGAGAGAGAAUUUGUUUCAUACUAGGUGUGAAAUAAAAGGGAAGACUUAUUCUAUGAUUAUUGAUGGGGGAAGUUGUGCAAAUGUGGUGAGUUCAUACUUGGUGGAUAAACUAGGAAUUGCAUGCAUGAAGCGCUCUACCCAAUAUAGGCUCCAAUGGUUGAAUGAUUAUGGAGAAGUAAAAGAAAACAAACAAUGCAUGAUUUCAUUCAAUGUUGGUAGGUAUGAAGAUGAAAUUCUUUGUGAUGUAGUUCCAAUGCAAGCAUGUCAUGUUUUACUUGGCCGACCUUGGCAGUAUGAUAGGGAUACUACUCAUCAUGGGAGAAAGAAUAGGUAUAGUCUUCUGCAUAAUGAUGUUUUUCCUGAUGACACUCCAAAGGGAUUACCACCUUUGAGAGGGAUUGAGCACCAAAUAAACUUUGUGCCUGGGUCUCAACUUCCUAAUAGGCUUGCCUAUUGGAGCAAUCCUGAAGAGACCAAAGAAUUACAAAGGCAAGUUGAAGAAUUGCUUGGAAAGGGAUUUGUUUGA